AUGACAAAAAAGCGUUCUUCCAAUGGUUUUAUGUAUUUUGCUGACGCACGACGAGCUUUUUAUGAAGCAGAGAAUAAUGGUGUACAUCUAACGGCCAAGAAAUUAGUCGAACGAGCUGCACAAGACUGGAAAAUGAUGAGUGACGGUGAACGUCAAAAAUGGCGUAACGAAAAUAGUCGACGUCGUAACGAAUAUGAGCGGCAAGUUUAUCAAAUGCAGUCAGUUUCAAUUAUGAGUAAGUCAAGGACUCGACGGUUAUCCAAACUGGAACUAUCACUUCAACCAAAACCAUUUUCCUACAAACUCACGGAAUCGAAACGUAAAUCACUCCGUCAAAGCACCUAUCAGAAGUUAAUUUGGAGAGAAAAAGGCAGCAUAACAGAAGUGGUUGCUAAGAAAAGAUUCGGAUUGCUUACAGUUCAGCCUUAUUGCAUCUUAGAGUCAAAUAGUACCAAUGAUGAGCUAAUUUGCCCACCGGCUGAAAUUUGCACGUACGUGAUGAGUCUCAGCGAAGGAGUUAUUAACAGUGAACGUAUUUUAAUACGUCACGAUUAUCCCGUCGAUCAUCAAUCUUAUCAGUUUUUUCGAAUUUCAGAAAAUGGCUUUACUGAAUUAGCACAAACACCAAAUCAUUUAAAUGUCCAUCAAGCAUGUAUUCGUAUAGCAAACGAAAUGAGAGGAUGCUGGGCAAAUUUGAUUUUAGUACCUGCAUCACAAUAUCAAAAUUUGGCAGCAAGUUUAACCUGGAUUAAACAAAAACGUGACAGUUCCCUAAAAAGAGAUACGACAUCAAUUCGUGCGGAACGUCUAAUAUGCAUGGAAGAUAUGAUAACCGUUAUUGCGCAUAUCUUCGAGACGGAUGUUGAUGAUAGUUCACGUUGGGAACAGCAUAUUUCGUCUAAUUCGCAUUAUGCAUGCGAUUUGCACUCUGAUAUCCCUAAUAAAUGUCCAGUGGUUGUCGGAAAGUCUGCAUGUCAGCAUUUUCUUGACAUACUUCGCAAUUUGUUUAAUCGUGUUUAUCGAACACAUGAGGAAUGUAUUUUUGAAAUUGAUAAUACGAAACGUUAUCUGAAUCCAAUGCGUUACAAUCGUAUAAAUCCAUUUCAAUUAACGUCAUAUUGUGAUUCGAAUGAUAAUCAUACGAAUAACGAUGAACCAUUUAGUUUGAUUCGUUUACGCAUUCCAGAUAAAAUACAAUAUGUAACAGAAUGGUUAAAUUCAUUGGAUUUAAAUACCAAUACCCUAACAUCGAGCAAUGAUAACAUCAAACAGGCAUUUACGGAAAAUCUUCAAAAUGAGCUACUUGAUGACAAACAUUCGAUGCAACUCUCUUGA